CUUAGUGUCACGUGAACUCCUGUAACCAAUCCAUUUCCACCUUUUCCUUCUCUCCUCUAGGGUCAGUCGAGUCGGAGGAGCGGAGAAGUGAUGGCGGUGCAAACAUAAACUGACCGAGCAAAGUUUUCGUAGCUCUAAAAAAAAGUCUUUAGAUCCGCACGAGAGGGAAAAAGCCGUCAAUUUUUGGAAAGCUGGCGGAUGACUGAAGUGCUCGGGUGCCUGACUGCGGGAAACGUUUACUGCUAUGCUCGCGCACGACUUGUACUUGGCGACGGCAGAAUUUUUGGGAGCCGCGGUUACUAGUUUGUGAACUUCGGAGAGAGAGCUAACGCGUUAGCACAGCUCUUUAGCCUGCUCGUGUAAAGUGUUUUAACCAGCUAGAGAAUGGCUAUAUUGGGGUUUUAUACUAGUAGACACGUAAGUUAAUAAGUAACUUAUCUUGGCUAGUGAAAUAAUAGUGUGUAUAUUUAGCUUGAUUCAUUCGCUUGGGAUGAGCAGGUACUUUGCACCUGUAGCCUCACGGCUUGAAAACUCUCUCGACUUUCCUGGUUAGGUAUGUUGUUUUACUUGUAUUUUUACAAAAAUUAAAUAAGUGUGUGCUUUUGGUGGCGCAUGAAUCGACUGAAUCAGCCUGAUAAUGUAGUUUUUACUUUCUAAAGUAAAAAGUUCGUGAAGCAAGUAUUCCGGCUAAAGCUGAUGUCCGAGCUUCAGAGACACUUCGCACUCCCAGAUUGGUUAGCUGGCGUACAUGGAAACAAAGCAAUGCGUCUCUUAACCUUUAUUAAGCCGGACUUGACCUGACCCACUCUCCAUUUAUGAUAUAAAGUGACCUUACUGGGGUUGUUAGGAACAUUUUGUGCGUGUGUGUGUCAUUGGGGAAUACUACUACUGGACUAGUUUACUUUGAUUUGACAUCACGGCACCCUAUGGUGCUCCUGCAGGCACCGAGACAUGGAUGUUCCCCAGGCCGUUUUCCCAAACGGUGAGGGGCGCCUGAGCCUCCAAGACCAUGUCUGGACGGAGUCCUCCAACUCGAGGGCUUGGGCUCACUCUGCCCCCGUGUGUUCCCGCUCGCUCUGGACGGCGGUGUUUGACUACGAGGCCAGCGGGGAGGACGAGCUCAGCCUGCGGCGAGGAGACGUGGUGGAGGUCCUGUCUAAGGACGCUGCCAUCUCGGGAGACGAAGGCUGGUGGACUGGUAAAAUUAACCAUCGCGUGGGCAUCUUUCCAUCUAAUUAUGUUACUUACCAACCAGCUAUUUAUAGAGCGGUAGGGGCUCGCGAGAGUGACCCGCCCGACCCUGUUCGGAUACCUUUUUCUGAACUCGUUCUACAAGAAAUCAUCGGCGUCGGAGGGUUUGGCAAAGUCUACCGGGGGACCUGGAAUGACCAGGAGGUCGCGGUGAAGGCAGCUCGACAGGACCCUGACGAGGACAUUAAAGCUACUGCAGACAGUGUUAAGCAAGAAGCCAAACUUUUCUCGAUGCUUCAACAUCCCAACAUUAUCAAAUUGGAGGGGGUGUGUUUGGAGGAGCCCAACCUGUGUCUUGUCAUGGAAUAUGCCCGAGGAGGGACUCUGAACCGCGCCUUGACCGGCAGGAGGAUCCCCCCUCAUAUCCUCGUGAACUGGGCAGUCCAGAUCGCCAGAGGAAUGCAGUAUCUCCACGAGGAGGCCGUGGUUCCCAUUAUUCAUCGAGACCUGAAGUCCAGCAACAUUUUAUUACUUGAAAAAAUUGAGAAUGAUGACAUUGGUCGAAAAACCCUGAAGAUUACUGACUUUGGCCUUGCUCGUGAGUGGCACAAAACGACAAAAAUGAGUGCUGCCGGCACUUAUUCCUGGAUGGCUCCUGAGGUCAUCAAGUCCUCUCUGUUUUCCAAAGGGAGUGAUGUCUGGAGUUAUGGAGUCCUCCUUUGGGAAUUACUGACUGGAGAGGUUCCUUACCGUGGCAUUGACGGUUUGGCAGUUGCCUAUGGAGUUGCUGUCAACAAAUUAACCCUUCCCAUUCCAUCUACCUGCCCCGAGCCUUUUGCCAAGCUCAUGGAGGAAUGCUGGGAGCAGGAUCCCCAUAUCCGUCCAUCCUUUGCUUCCAUUUUGGAGCAGCUGACUGCCAUAGAGGAGGCUGUGAUGGCCACCAUGCCGCAGGACUCCUUCCAUUCAAUGCAGGAGGACUGGAGAGUGGAGAUCCAGGAAAUGUUUGAUGAGCUACGCACUAAAGAAAAGGAGCUCCGUUCUCGUGAGGAGGAGCUGACGCGAGCAGCCCUUCAACAGAAGUCUCAUGAAGAGCUGUUGAAGAGGAGGGAACAGCAGCUGGCCGAGCGGGAAAUUAAUGUGCUUGAGCGUGAGCUCAACAUCCUCAUAUUCCAACUCAACAAGGACAAGCCCAAUGUUAAGAAACGGAAGGGCAAGUUCAAACGCAGCCGCCUCAAGCUCAAAGAUGGCAACCGCAUCAGCUUACCCUCAGAUUUUCAGCAUAAAAUCACAGUUCAGGCCUCUCCAACUAUGGACAAGAGAAGAAGCCUCAAUAGCACCAACUCCAGCCCUCCCAGCAGCCCUACACUGAUCCCUCGCCUCCGAGCCAUUCAGUUGACCCUUGACGAGAGCAACAGGACAUGGGGUCGAAGCACCAAUUACAAACCUGAGGAGUUUGAAGAUGUUAAGAAAGGCUUCAAGAAGAAGGGCCGCACAUGGGGACCGAGCUCUGUGCAGACGAAGGAAAGAGGAAAUUGUGCUGAAAGAGUUCGACCUCUCUCAGAUGGCAGCAGUCCCUGGUCCACUAGUCUUAUGAAGUCCCAGAAAUCUGUUCCAUUGGCUGCAUUAUUUGCAGAGCACGGAACCAGUAAAGAUGAAGUAUGCUCUGCUGAUGGAUCUGACAACAAACCAAAGCAACUCAAGUUCCCCAACCAGGUGUAUAUCGAUCUACCUCUGUGGAAAGAUGAACAGGGGGAGAGCCAGGGGCCGGCUGGUGGAGGUGAGAGCCAGGAGGACCCAACAACAUCGACAAGUUCCACUAGCACCACACCUCAGCACACACCCACCAACAGCCUGAAGCGCAGCACUACAUGCCGGCGCACAGACUCUGUUCUCUAUGGCUGUACCUCCAUCCUGGCAUCUGUCGCAUUAGGCUUUGACCUGCGAGAGGUCUGUAAGGGUGCUACCAACGAGGAACCGGAGCCACGUGAGGAGAAGAAAAAACGAGAGGGCCUUUUUCAGCGUGCUACUCGCUUCCGCCGCAGCACUAGCCCCCCUGGUGGCCGAUCACGCAAGGACGAGGUUGCUGCAGGGCCCGUAAACCUGCUUGCCAUGUCAUCGAUUUCUGAGUGCAACUCCACCAAGUGCCUCCUGCAGUCUGAUUUUGAGGGGUCUGUGUUUAACCUGAUGAACGAGACUCCAACUAGCAAUUCCCGGACACUUCAGAAUACAGGCACUAGUGAUGUUCUCCCCUCAACCCCUGUACAAGAUCUCAAUUCUGGAUCCAGUUCUCGGCUUAGGAGAAAGAAGUCUAGUCCUGCUGUGUGUCAAACCAUUAACGGCAGCAAUAACUGCCAGGCCAGUCCAACUGAUUCCUCUACCACUACUGCAAAAAAGAAGGCUGACAGAGAGCCUGCUCAAGAGAAGGAACCAGUAUCUAGACCCAGACCGCUUUCCCUAAGAAGCAAAUCUCACUCCUGGGGUCUUCUGAAGAGUCGCAAUAAGAGCUAUUCACUCGGGCACUACUCUGGGGAGAAGAGUGCCCAAAACUUGGACGUGGUGCUUCCCUCAGAGGUCAAAAUGGGCUGCUCUUUACUGGACAUGGACACAGAGGGUCAAAAACGGGACUGCACGGUUCCCCUCUGUCGAAUACAGAGCACACCAAGUCGACCGUCUGUCUUUGAACUGGAGAAAGAGUUUUUAUCCUGAAAUAAGCUGCAUCUGGAACACAAUCUUACUUUCGUCUCAAAUCUCUCUGUUCCACAUGACGAUUUAGUUGUUUUGUUUUUCCAAGAUUAACAUCAUGGCCUUUGAUGAAUAUUUGAGCCAUUGCUGCUGGAGAUAUUCUGUGGUACAUUUAUUUAUAUGCUGUUUACUUUGAUAUGUAAUUUAAUAUGAAGUGACAUAUAUGAAGUGAAUGAUCAACAUUCCACUGAAUUUACAGUAGAAUUGCUGGUUUUUAUGCAGUGAUUUGAUCAGUACACAUAAACACAAUCUCAGAUUCUGUUAGAAACUACUGAUUUUUUUUAAAGUGUUCAGGUGUUUUUGUCAUAUGAUUCUGUAUCAUGUAAUGUCAUGUGAAAGGCAUAAACAGGGCCCACAGUGUUUAUAUAGUAUAAUUAUUAAUAGAUGUACAGAUGAAGUUCCAUCACUGAUGUGAUUGACCAAACUAACAGACCUUAUGUUGCUAGCUCAAACAGUGCUUUCAUGGAUCAACUUGAAUUUCCCUACCUAGCUCAUUAUGUUUCCUAUACUAAUACAUAUUUGGAAGGUUUUGUUUUUAAUGACCUUUUGAAAUUGAUUCCUGAACCAUUUUUUCCAACAUUCAUUUUUCCCUUAAAGCUAUAUUGGAUACCACCUCAUGGACCCUCACCUUUUUUAGCUUUAAUUCCAAGGCAUUUUAUCUAAUUAUGUAUUUUAUACAUGUCUAUAGCUUUUAGGUUGCAUAACUAAUUUUGGCAGUAUUCUUGAUCAACCCAAAUGGGAAACAAAAAUAUACAGUAUAAUAUACAGUAUAUAUAUAUUGUUAUACUGCCAAAUGGUGAUGAAUGAACUAUAUUGAUAGUGUCUAUCAAUAUUGCUACUAUUUUACAGAUCAUUUCUGUCCCUACAAACCCUAAAAAUGUUGUUGUUUGUUGUUAAAUAUCACAUUAUCCUAUAAAUUCACUAAUAAAUUAAUUGGAGCACCAGGAUGCUACUUAAAACUGUUACCAUCUGAGUAGCUUGAUUUUCAGUUUAUGCUGUAGUAGGUUCACAGAAUGUUUAGAGUUAUAAUUAAAAUAUACUUCAGCUUUAUACUGUAUCUUAGUGAUUUACACUGCUGCCACAAAACCCAAAUGAUCUUCUAGCUGAUAGUCUUAUAUAUAUAUAUAUAUAAACAAACUGUUUUCUGAAUCAUUACCCUGUGUAGAGACUGAAUUAUCAACUUGUUCAUUGUCUAUUGUGGACUUCAGUAGUUCAGUAUCUUUCUUUUCAGUUCUCUUUGUGUGACAUUUAAAAAUACCAUUAUGUAUCUUCAAGAUGUGGAGACUGUGACUAGGAACAUGCACUAUUGAACAAAUUGAAACAUUUUGUGGUUAAAGCCUGUCACAUGGAAGAGUACUAUAACUCUUAGUUUGUUGGAAAAGAUGUGUUUGAGAAACAACUCGCAUACAGUAUUGAAAAGCUUGUAGUGUGGACUAGAAUUAUUUACUGUAUUUACGGUUAUAUCAUUCAGAGUAAAUGUGCUGUUUGCUCAUAAAUGAUCACAGGUUUUCACAAUGACUUCUGUUUGAAAAUACCCAUUAUGUGGAGAUGUUUUAAGGGAAGAACAAAAUAUGUUGUGUAGCACUGGAAUUUUCAAGUCAUGUAAUGAUGAUUGUUCAUUACAUUUAUGCUGUUAUUAUAUUAGAUGCAAUGAUUACUACUAGUUUAGAUAUACAACUGCACAUUAGGAUUCAUAAGAACAAAGGACUCAAGAGACAUUGUGGUGCCUCUUUUUUAUGUCUUGCAAUGAACAUUACUUUUAAGAUGAAGUAACAAUAAUAUGAUGCCUGUUUUUGAGGAAUUCAUUUGGUGUUAUUGUCUAAGCACAAUCAUUUCUCCUGUUAUCAGAGAAUUGCAGAGAUCAAACCUUUAAAGGAGUUUUAUUUGGACCGAUUCCUAAAUGUGAAGGACACAGAUGUGUAAAAGACAGAAAACCUUUAGUUUGGAAUGAAGCAGGAGAAUAUUCAUGUUUUCACCAAAGUUGAAGUCUUGAAUUGUGAAAUGGUUUUGAAAGAUUGUUACAUGGUUCACAUGCACUGCAAAUAGUUUUACUGGUUUUGCUUUUUAGUGUCUGCACAGUAUAUGUUGUAUUGAGCUCUGUUUUUAUCUAAUGUUUUACCCAUGUGACCAAUUUAAUGUUAAAAGCUGUUCAGUUCAGAUGUGGACUGCUUAUUUGCUCCAGGAGGGCUCAAAUAAACAAGGGCUGAGCCCAGAAUCAUCUCAUUUAUAUCAAAUUCUACUAUUUUACUGUAUACAAGUGACCAAUAAAACCUUUAUACAACA